CCCAGUGCCCGUCCUGCAGCGCCCCAGAACCUCCCGCCCUCCCCGCAUGUUCACAGGGUUCCCCUGCCCCCCCUCCCCAUUAGACCAGCCUGCACCCAGGGGAGGCUGCACCACGGGUUUAAAAAGUAAAUGUGGGGGAUGAUAAAGUCUUGAACUGCACCAUAAGGGUGGGGGGAUAAUUAAGGCUGACAUCAUUCUGGCCUUUCCUGGCCUUUGAUUGCUGGGCUGCCUGACCUGAGCAGUUAUUUAAUUUGUUUUUGUCGUUAGGUAAUUCACCCUAACGUUUUGCACGCCGCCAUCUCCACAAAAAACCCCACCCUCCCAUACCUCUUCACAGACUGUUCUAGCAGCAGCUGCCUGAUCAACUGCCCAGCUCUCAGCAGCUGCACGGGCUCUAUUUCCCAACAUGAUUUGGGCUACUCUUUUCCUGUGCGAAGUAGAAAAAUUAGUGGUAGCAGGACCAUUCGGUGAGAGAAGCAGCAGUUCCUCAGUCGACUUGCUGCCCCAAGUGUCCACUCACCCUGGGUGAGGGAUGUUAGUUACCCAUUGUGCAAGAAAACAAGACUGGGAAAUGCCCUCUCAGUGCACACAGUUCCAGUGGCACAUAUGCAAGGUAUGCCCUCAGCACAAGCUGUGCCUGUGGGAUGACCGUGUCCGGCCCCUGAGCGGGCAUGGAGGAUACCGUUUUGUAGAAAAGAACAGUGUACUCCACAUAGCGUGACCUUGCAUGCACCAUAUGUGCGAUGUAACGUUGCAUGGAGAAUGCCUGUUUGCAUACACGUGCAGAAUUGAAUGCCUGGCUAAAAAUGUAAUUAGAGAGACAAGAUGGGUGAGGUAAUAUCUUUUAUUGGAUCAACUUCUGUUGGUGAGAGAGACAAUCUUCAGAGCUUACACAGAGCUCUUCUUCAGGUCUGGGUAAGCUCCAAAGCUUCUCUCUCUCACCUGCAGAAGUUGGUCCCAUGAAAGAUAUUACCUCACCCACCUUGUCUUCCUAAUAUCCUGGGACUGACAUGGCUACAACAUCACUGCAUAUAAAAAUGUUAUGGCAUGCCAUUGUACAGUUCUUGUUAAUGUGGGAACAGUAACUUCUGCACUUCCUGACUUGGUUUUAACUCCUCAAUCUUAACAUUGCAGUAAGGCAGACCUCUGCACCUUAUAUUUUUGCUUUACUCUUAAUUUUUCCUUUAAACCAAACCAGAUCCAUGCUCCUCACUGAGAACUCUGUCAGGGGCAAGUUAGCUCUAGUUAUAUUGAAAUCUGAGUUUUUUUUUAACCAUAGGAAAAGCACAUUUUCUCUGCUCCUGUAACUCACACUUAGGGUUUGUAUCCGUGCAGCGUGUGCACUGAUUUAAUUAAAUCAGCAAACCCUUUCUGUGGACACUUAAACCCUCAGUGGGGGUAGUGACAUGGUUUGCACUAGUUUAAUGAGGUUCAUUUAGAAACUAGAUCGGUGCACAAGCUGUGCAUGUACUUGUGGUUACUGUGGAAAUGACCUCUUGGUACAUAACAAGCACAGAAAACUUUAGAUCCAAAGCUAAAAUUUUGAGUGUGAAAAUGAAGGUGAGGCUGUAAAUCACCUGAUGCUUUUUGGUCUAAUCUCUUCUGGAGAGUUGGUGGCUGGGCUGGGCUCGCCACCACAUCUGGGGUUACUGAACUUCUGGAUGUGGGGAAUUUACCUGCAGAUAUAGGUAGGAGCCAACCUACUUGGGAAAUUAGAAGAAGAGAGGCAUUUUGUUCCUCAUAACUAUGGUGUCACCAGUUACAGCAUUCUGGUAUCUAGGAGACUUCUCUUUUGAGGUUAUUUGUGUAGUUUCUGCGUCUUUUUGUGUUUGUCUGUAGGUACAAGGCGGAGAUGAGAGGAGAGGGCCUGGUUUGAUGUAAUCUUGACAAGGAUUUUGGCCAAGGAAGAUGGUGCUGGACUCGGGGACACAGUCGUAUGAGCGGCAUCGCAAUGUCCUGAGCGCCAGCCCCCAGCAUGAGAGGACCAGGAAAAAGUUCUCUGAACACAAUGGGCUGCAACUCUAUUCCUACCUCUCCCCUUCACCAUCUCCAGAUUCAGACCCUACCCACCCGGGCCAAAGGCCCAAAACGCCUACCAAGCUCAAGUGCUCCAAGGCCUCAGAAGCAAGGCCUGAGGUCAGGCGGCUGUCAGAAACCUGCCCUGCCUUCCCAAGCCCCUGCAGCUGGAUGCGCCGUAGCGAGAGCACCUGCACUGUGAAUAGUAGUGGCCGGGCGCGUGCACAAAUCCGCAGUGCAGCUUCCCUGCCUCAUAUUGCCAGGCCAAAGGCUGAGGAGAUCAGCGUCUGCAGGAGGAGUCCUUGCCUGCUGGUGGCCCUGAGGCCCUUGAAUGUUGACAAGGAGAGAGAGAAGUUCUUCCAAUCUUGUUAUACUUACAACCCACAGUUUGAGUAUGAGGAGCCUGUCCCUGUGGCUGUGCUGGAGAAAUACAGAGAUGCAUCAGACCAGUUCAUUACACAGGCAACUGGGAUCAUUCAUGCCGUCCUGGAGAAGUAUGGCUCUUAUGAGCGCUUUGAAGUGACCACUGGUGGAAGACUGCUGAGCAAAUGCCAAAUCUGGUCUAUUAUCCGGAAGUACAUGCAGAAGGAGGGCUGUGUGGGAGAGGUGGUCGUUCAUCUGACUGAGGACCUGCUGUCCCAAGCCGUGAUGAUGGUGGAGAACAGCCGGCCCACCCUGGCAAUCAACCUGUCCGGAGCCCGGCAAUACUGGCUGGAGGGCAUGCUGCGCCAUGAAAUAGGCACUCAUUACAUCCGUGGGGUGAAUAAUGCCCGCCAGCCUUGGCACAGCAUGGAGGGCCGUAAGCAGUAUGGCCUGAAGCCUGCUAACCCCACAGAAGAAGGCCUGGCCAGUCUGCAUAGUGUCCUCUUCCGUAAGCAGCCCUUUCUGUGGCGGGCAGCGCUGCUGUACUACACCGUCCACCAGGCCAGUCACAUGUCCUUCAGCGUGCUCUUCCAGCACUUGGAGCAGUACGUCCAAGACGCCAGAGUCCGGUGGGACUACUGCGUGCGGGCAAAACGAGGCCAGACUGACACCUCACAGCCAGGCUGUUUCAGUAAGGAUCAAGUGUAUCUGGAUGGAAUUCUCCGGAUCCUGAGGCAUCGGCAGACUAUUGACUUCCGGUUGCUGGCAGAACUGGGCAAGGUCUCCUAUGAAGAUGUGAACCAGCUGAAGGAAUUUGGUGUUCUAGAGAAGGCGCGAAUCCCCCAUUUCAUGCAGGACAUGGAACGGUACAGACAGCAGCUUGACCACAUCAUCGCCACCAACAGACUGAAUGAGGAAGAGCUAGAGCAGUUGCUGCCGGACUGACCUGGUCUGCAGGGUCCUGACCUACCUGCCCCUGUGGCAGAGUCCCACUUCCCAGGCCACGCUGCCUUUUGUGCCAGGAAGCCUUGGGCACAAAAGGGAGUUGUCUUGUGUGCGUGUCUGACUGCAGCCGUCCAAAGCAUUCAGGGUGCCAUGGGGUCUGUGUAUUUAUUAUUCAUUUUGUGACUGUUCAGCAGGUCAGUCCUCACCUGGAGGAAGCUUCCUCCCAUCCAUUCAGAACUGGGUCCUGCAAAGGGAGAGCUGGUUGUGUGUGGAUUCCUGCAGGAGGGCAUGGCUUAGCAGUACGGAAUGCAGCGGUGAGGGUGGGGGGAGGGGACAAUGGCUAAGAUGCAUGCAAUGCCACGGGAGGGAACUAGCACCAGAGGUGCUUUGGGGGUUGUUUUUUAUACAUGCUGUUGUGGAGGGAGGGCGUUACACUGGGGAAAGGAAGGAUGAUGGAAGAUAUUUAAACAGCCCAAAUCCAAGAUGGAGAACAGAAAUGUUUCUAUAGGAAUCACUGAGAGGACUGUGAAGUCUGCAGAUCACAUGUUAAAACCCUAGGAGGCAGCCGCAGAUUGGUCAGGGAGGGUGGAAGGGAGCGCUGCACUCCAGGAGAGGAUGAAGGAUUACCAGGUCUGUUCUCGUCUGUAUCGGGUCUUACACUGUGCUCAUCACUGUAGGACCUGGGCAGUGGGGAAACCACACAGCUAGGAGUGACUUCCCUAAUUGGUGAGAGUGGACUGGAUAGUAUUAAAGAAAUCAAAUGUAGGCUGCAUGCCCUGAAAAGCUUCCGACAGUGCAAUAUUUCCUCACGAGCAGGCGCUCUGGUCAGCACACUCUGCGCCAGAACUCAAUCAGCUGCUUAGUUGCUUCCCACCCUUUGUCUAGACAGCGCCUGUAAAAAUGCCUUUGCCCUUGACCAUUCCUCAGCUGUAAGAAGGAUUUUAAUCCCCCCAAUAAAGAUUUUUUUCCACUCGUG